AACGCCUCCGUGACCUUUCUCUGUUGACAACAAAAUCGCCAGCUACCUCUCUGCAACUGCACGCCUUCUCCACGCGCCGUCCCCUAAAAAAUCCGUUGACCUCGAUUGAACAAAAAAAAUCCCAAUUAAUAUCCCAACAAUCCACACCGUCUGAUCAUCUCUCGCUGUCAUGGGGACCGAAUCAUCAGCAGCGUCCGUGGAGAUAUCAGAUCCGUUGCUUCACGAUUCCGACGACAAAAUCAAGGCCGUAGAGGCCGACGACGACGACCGAAUCCCCGAAUGGAAGGACCAGAUCACCAUCAGAGGGCUGGUCGUCAGCGCCGUGCUCGGAAGCCUCUUCUGCAUUAUCACCCACAAGCUCAAUCUGACGGUCGGGAUUAUCCCCUCCCUGAACGUCGCCGCAGGGCUGCUCGGGUUCUUCUUCGUCAAAUCAUGGACUGGUUUCUGGGGAAAAUUAGGGUUUUCAGUUACCCCCUUUACCAGGCAGGAGAACACCGUCAUCCAGACCUGCGUCGUUGCCUGCUAUGGCCUCGCUUUUAGCGGGGGAUUCGGUUCGUAUUUGCUUGCCAUGGAUGACAGAACAUAUAAUCUAAUUGGUUCUGAUUACCCGGGUAAUCGGGCGGAAGAUGUUAUCAAUCCGAGCUUGUGGUGGAUGAGUGGUUUCCUGUUUGUUGUGAGCUUCCUGGGCAUUUUAUGCCUUGUUCCGCUUCGCAAGGUUAUGGUCAUGGAUUACAAACUAACAUAUCCCAGUGGGACAGCCACAGCAAUGUUGAUAAAUAGCUUCCACACUAAGAGUGGUGCAGAGCUUGCCGGGAAGCAAGUUCAUGCUCUAGGGAAGUAUUUAAGUAUAAGUUUAAUUUGGAGCUGCUUCAAGUGGUUCUUUAGUGGUAUUGGAGAUUCAUGCGGAUUUGACAACUUUCCUAGCUUUGGUUUGGCAUUGUUUAAGAACACGUUUUAUUUUGACUUCAGUCCAACAUAUGUUGGAUGUGGUCUUAUAUGUCCUCACAUAGUCAACUGCUCAGUUCUUUUUGGGGCUAUCUUAUCAUGGGGUUUUCUUUGGCCAUUAAUAUCCCAAUAUUCUGGGGUCUGGUAUCCAGCCGACCUUGGUAGCAAUGAUUUCAAAGGUCUUUAUGGAUAUAAGGUCUUUAUAUCCAUUGCCCUCAUCCUAGGGGAUGGUCUCUACAAUUUGAUCAAGAUUAUAGCCUGUACUCUCAAGGAACUAUCCAAUAAGAGUAGCAAACUGAGCAACCUUCCUGUUGUCGAAGAGGCCUUAGCAGGUGAUGAGAAUUCAGAAGUACCACUAGAGCAGAAAAAGAGGGAUGCAAUAUUUCUUAAGGAUAGGAUACCGACGUGGGUUGCCGGAGCUGGAUAUCUGGGCCUAGUUGUAAUCUCCACGGCAACGAUGCCAAUCAUCUUUCCACCUCUGAAAUGGUAUUUGGUUCUAUGCUCAUACAUCCUUGCUCCUGCCCUUGCCUUCUGCAACUCCUAUGGCACUGGCCUCACGGACUGGAGUUUAGCUUCAACUUAUGGGAAAAUUGGUCUUUUCAUCAUUGCGUCAUUAGUUGGAAGUGACGGUGGUGUUAUAGCUGGGUUAGCAGCUUGUGGGGUGAUGAUGACGAUUGUCGCUACUGCAGCUGAUCUCAUGCAAGACUUCAAGACAGGUUACCUCACUAUGUCCUCGGCCAAGUCUAUGUUUAUAAGCCAGUUAGUGGGAACAGCCAUGGGUUGUGUGAUUGCUCCGUUAACAUUCUGGUUGUUUUGGACUGCAUUUGAUAUCGGAUCACCUGAUGGUCCAUACAAGGCACCCUAUGCUGUAAUAUUCAGGGAAAUGGCAAUCCUAGGUAUCGAGGGCUUCUCUGAGCUCCCCAAGCAUUGCUUGGCUAUGUGCGUUGGUUUUUUUGUGGCAGCGCUAGUUAUAAACCUGCUGAGGGAUGUGUGUCCUAAGAAAAUAUCACAGUUCAUUCCGAUUCCAAUGGCAAUGGCAGUCCCAUUCUAUAUCGGAGCAUACUUUGCCAUCGACAUGUUUGUUGGGACAGUGAUAUUGUUCAUUUGGGAGCGAGUGAAUAGGAAGGAUGCGGAGGAUUAUGCAGGGGCAGUGGCUUCGGGUUUAAUAUGUGGUGAUGGGAUAUGGACAAUACCGUCGGCAGUCCUCUCAAUUUUCAAGGUCAAUCCACCCAUCUGCAUGUACUUCGGGCCUUCUUUGAGCAGAUGAGUUGAGCCACAUGCAGCACUGUAACACUAGUGAUUGUAAGUUCAAAAUUUGAGGUGUUGGGAGGUUUGGUUAGAUUUUGUAAAUUAGUACUCGAAGUAUGAUUCAUUACUCAGUUGGGGUGGUUCUUCUAGUUCCAUGUACAUUAAACAAACAAACGGUUGAAUGCUCCGAAAUUAACGAACCACAAGAUUGAAGUA